AUGAAUAUAAAUCAACAACAAGACCUUUUUGCUUUGUUAAUUAAUAAAUACAUCAAUACUGAAAUGAAUACAACAACAGCAAUAAAAUCUUUAGAUGAUUUAAGGCAAUUUCCAAUUCAAACAAGUCCACAAUUUAUAAGAAUAAUACAAGAAGCGUGUAAACAAGGAAACUUUGAAGUGUUACAAUAUUUUUGUGAAAAAUUUCCUUCUUAUAUUGAUCAACCAAAUGUUCAAGGAGAAACUCCAUUAUUUAUUGCUACAGCCUAUAACAAACUGGAAAUUGCUAAAUAUCUUAUAGAACAUGGAGCAAGUACAAAUCAUUUAUUACCUACUGGAGAUAGUUAUUUACAUUGGAUAGCUGCUUCACCACCAAGUUCAUUAAAAAAUAGUAUAAUUAAUGAAGUUAUUGCUAAAUAUCCUGAGAUAGUAAAAACAAAUAAUGUAAUACAAGAAACAGCAAUGCAUAUUGCUGCAUUGGUUGGUGAUGUUGAUAUUGUAAAUAAAUUAAUUGAAUGUGGUGGAAAACCAACAGAUAAAACAAUUCGUUGUAUUGAUGUAUAUGGAUAUGCUCAAGCAAGUGGAAACAAAGAGUUAAUGGACUUAUUAAAACCUUUAUGUAAAAAAGACCAAAUAACACAAGAACAAAAAUUAACAGGUAUUGCUGGAUUUGCUAUAAGUAGAUCAGACUCUCCUUCAUUAUCUAGUUCAAAUGGUAAUUCUUCUGCAACUGAUACUAUUAGUGAUAAUGAAGAUACAUUCAAUGUUGAAUGUGUUGAGUUAGAUCCAAAUGAAGACACAACAGUAGAAGGAUUAUAUAAGAAAUAUCAAACAUAUAACUUACCAAAACAAAGUAAAUUAAAAAAACUUAUGAAUAAAAUAGUUAAAUAUCCCAGUGUUAAUCAAUUUAAAAGAGAAACUAUGGUAUUAAUUAAAGAAGCAUUUUUAUCAAGAAGAAUGAUGGAACAACCAAAUAAUUUUGGAAAAGGAAAGAAAUAUAGAAUUAUCUCUCUUGAUGGUGGAGGAAUUAAAGUACUUAUGGAAGUUAUUUUACUUCAAAGAUUGUCUGCAGAAUUUCCUAAUAUGUUUGCUAAUUGUAAUUUAUUUUGUGGAUGUAGUGCAUCGAGUGUUGUUGCUGUUACAUUAUCAAUGGGAUAUAAUUUAGAUGGUUUAAUAAAAUUGAUUGAACAUGUAAUUCGAUAUUCUUUUAAGAAAGACUCUAUUCAAUCAGUCACAAAUCCUAAAUACAUCAAUGACUAUUUAAGAGCUUUUGGAGAAGUUGCAUUUGGUAAUUUAAAAUUAAAGAAUUUACCACGACAUGUUCUUAUUCCUGCAUUUCUUAUUGAUAGUGGAAUUGAUUCAGAAACAAGACAUUGCAAGUCAGAAGCAUUUAAUAACAUCAUUCCCGGAAAUGAUACAGAAAAAGUUGCUGAUGUAUGUUUGAGAUCUGCUGCUGCACCAAGUUAUUAUAGACCUUAUCAAAAUUAUGUUGAUGGUGGUAUUAUAGAUAAUGUUCCUUGUGGAGUAGCUUGGCCAUAUUUAAUUGGUGCAAAAGGUAUUGGAAUUGAUCCAAAAGAUAUUGUUUGUUUAUCAUUAUCUGCUGGAAGACCAACUCCAGCUCAUCUUGAUGCUCAAAAAAUUGGUAAUGGUGGAUUGGUUCAAUGGGCACCUUUUUUAGCUGAUUUGUUUAUGUUGGCAAGAAGAGAUGAAACUGUAAAAGAAGGAAAAUUACUAUUUGGUGAAAGGUUUCUUCGAGUAGACCCAAUAUUACCUGGACAAAUUUUAUUAGAUAAUGUGGAACAAAUUGAAGAAAUUAAAAAAAUUGCACAAUCAUACGACCUUGAAGAAAUUAGAAAGUGGAUGAGAGAAUAUUGGGAAUAA